AAAGUCGCAGAAAAGAUACAGACCAAACGAAGAUAGAGAGAGAGAGACGAAGUUUUGUUUUUAUUUUUUUCAUAAAUAUUUGUUUUCUUUUUGGGUAUUUAAAUGGGUUCGGAAGCGACCACCGCCGUGGACAACCUGCAGCAACCGUUACUUGAGUCAUCGAAAUCGGAAGCUGACUUCAGGAUGGAGAGUGUAUUAACGGACACACACUUGUCAUAUUUCCGGCGGAUCUACCUUGCGUCGUUGAUAGAGAUGAAGUACCUUUUCCACUUGGCAGCUCCGGCGAUCUUUGUCUACGUCAUCAACAACGGCAUGUCUAUGCUCACACGUAUCUUCGCCGGUCGUUUGGGAAGUAUGCAACUCGCUGCCGCUUCUCUAGGAAACAGCGGUUUCAAUAUGUUCACUCUUGGUCUCAUGCUUGGAAUGGGAAGUGCAGUGGAGACAUUAUGUGGGCAAGCGCAUGGAGCUCACAGAUACGACAUGCUUGGUGUCUACUUACAAAGAUCCACGAUUGUUCUUGUCAUCACCGGACUUCCAAUGACUUUACUCUUCAUCUUCUCAAAACCUCUCCUCAUUUCCUUAGGCGAGCCAGCUGACGUAGCAUCAGUGGCCUCAGUCUUUGUCUACGGAAUGAUCCCAAUGAUCUUCGCUUACGCCGUCAAUUUCCCGAUCCAAAAGUUUCUCCAGUCGCAAAGCAUCGUCACGCCGAGCGCUUACAUCUCAGCUGCAACACUAGUCCUCCACUUAAUCCUCUCUUGGCUCUCUGUCUUUAAGUUAGGUUGGGGCUUACUUGGUCUCUCCGUUGUUCAUAGUCUCUCGUGGUGGAUCAUUGUCCUCGCUCAGAUUAUUUACAUUAAGAUAAGUCCAAGAUGUCGCCGGACUUGGGAUGGUUUUAGCUGGAAAGCUUUUGAUGGUCUUUGGGACUUUUUCCAGUUAUCGGCAGCUUCCGCCGUCAUGCUCUGUCUUGAAUCUUGGUAUUCUCAGAUUCUUGUUCUCCUCGCCGGACUUCUUAAAGACCCUGAACUUGCUUUGGAUUCUCUAGCAAUCUGCAUGUCAAUCUCUGCAAUGUCGUUCAUGGUGUCAGUUGGAUUCAACGCAGCUGCCAGUGUGAGAGUUAGUAACGAAUUAGGCGCUGGAAAUCCAAGAUCAGCAGCAUUUUCAACCGCGGUAACUACAGGAGUGUCAUUUUUACUGUCAUUGUUUGAAGCCAUUGUGAUCCUUUCGUGGCGUCACGUCAUCAGUUACAUUUUUACGGACAGUCCAGCGGUUGCGGAAGCCGUCGCCGAGCUCUCUCCUUUCUUAGCCAUUACCAUAGUUCUCAAUGGAGUUCAACCUGUUUUAUCUGGUGUGGCCGUUGGAUGUGGAUGGCAAGCAUAUGUAGCGUAUGUUAACAUUGGAUGUUAUUACAUUGUGGGGAUUCCGAUUGGUUAUGUUCUUGGUUUCACCUAUGAUAUGGGAGCUAGGGGAAUAUGGACAGGGAUGAUUGGUGGUACACUCAUGCAAACUAUUAUCUUAGUUAUUGUCACUUUCCGAACUGACUGGGAUAAAGAGGUGGAGAAGGCUUCGAGACGAUUGGACCAGUGGGAAGACACAUCUCCGCUUCUUAAGCAAUAAAAUAAAAAAUUUGAUUUUAU